ACGCGGUGGUCUUUUGCUGUUUCAUGUUAGGCUAUCUCCUCUCUAAUUUUAGUAAUUCCACAUAUUGCUGGAAACCCAAACAAAACAAAACAAAAAGCAGUGGCUCUAAUGUAAGCACCCUGUUAAUGUUGGUGGCGUCAGUUACACAAUGGACUCAAAGCCAGCACAACAGAGCCAGCAGUGCAAUGCAGGAAUGCAUUUCUUACUUGGAAAUUCCAACACUACUUCACAUUUAAAGAAGAAAGGGAUGGGCGAAAUCUGAUCUGAUCGUCCAACGCACACUCUGUUUGCCAGCAACCAAGCUGCUCUCAGUGUCAAAAGACUGCAACAUAAAGAAACAUCUGUGACCUUCCACUUCCGCACGCAGCUGUGUGACGACGAGCGCACGGUGAUAGAUGACAGCAAAGCGGUUGGAACACCCAUGGAGAUAGUGAUUGGCAACAUGUUUAAGCUGGACAUCUGGGAGACCCUGUUGUCCUCUAUGAGGAUCGGUGAAGUGGCGGAGUUCUGGUGUGACACCGUUCACACUGGUGUCUAUCCACUGGUGUCCAAAAGCAUGCGACGCAUUGCUGAGGGCAAAGACCCAGUCGACUGGCACAUCCAUACAUGCGGCAUGGCCAACAUGUUUGCCUACCACAGCCUUGGCUAUGAAGACCUGGAUGAGCUGAUGAAGGAACCGAAGCCGCUCUACUUCGUCCUGGAGCUGCUCAAGGUGCAGCAGCCCAGCGAGUACGACAGGGAGACGUGGGCUCUGAGUGAUGAGGAGAGGCUGAAGGCCGUUCCUGUGCUGCACGGCCAGGGAAACAAACUCUACAAACAGGGACGUUACCAAGAAGCCACACAGAAAUACAAGGAGGCCAUCAUCUGCAUUAAAAAUGUUCAGACCAAGGAGAAAGCAUGGGAUGUCCCAUGGAUGAAGCUGGAGAAGAUGGCCAACACUUUAACACUUAACUACUGCCAAUGUUUGCUCCGCAUGGAGGAGUACUACGAGGUCAUUGAGCACACAACCGACAUUAUCAAUCAGCACCCAGGCAUAGUUAAGGCCUACUACCUGCGAGGGAAGGCCCACGUGGAGGUGUGGAACGAGGCGGAGGCCCGGCAGGAUUUCAGCAGGGUGCUGGACCUGAACCCGGGCAUGAAAAAGGCUGUUAAGAAGGAACUGGCCAUACUUAACAUGCGUAUGGAAGAGAAGAACGAAGAAGACAAGCUCAAAUACAAAGGCAUGUUUUGACCUGAUGAGACUGAGAGCUGAUUGACUAAAGAAGAAUUCAGCUGUUAAAUAUCAAACCUCUGCACAGGAUACUCACCUACAUGAGAGUAUCUGAUAAAAUGAUCCAUCUUAUAAACUGCAAGGUUGUAUCAAACUCCAAAUUAUAGCUGACAACGUGUGUAAAAAUGAAACGAAGAACUUUUCACUGUUAAAACCUGACUUAUUGUGGUUUAUAUGUUGUGGAUGUGCAUUAUGAUUAAAUUGUAAUUAAUAUUUGUUUGUAUUUUGACUCCAUUGUUAGGCAUGGCCAAAAUAUGUACCCAAAUGCUAUAAGUCAGAUUAAAGUCUGAAAGUCUGUACUUUA